UGGUGAAGUAAUUUCAGAGAGCGUGUUUGUUCUUUUUAAGCUGGCACUCCCUAAGAGCAGACUCUGUACUCUGUUGUAAAGGGGAAGAGAGGAACUCUUUCACACCAGCUCACAGAAACACAGGUCCAAAGCCACCUGAACUCAUCUCAACAACUACAGCUGCUCCCAACUAAACACUGAACAACAAUGGCAAACAAAGGUCCCUCCUACGGUCUGAGCCGUGAGGUGCAGAGUAAGAUCGAUAAAAAGUAUGACCAGGAUCUGGAGGAGAGGUUGACUGAGUGGAUCAUUGCCCAGUGUGGCGCUGGAGUGGGCCAACCUGAGGCAGGCAAGACCGGCUGGCAGAACUGGCUCAAGGACGGAUGUGUGCUGUGUGAACUGAUCAACAGCCUGUCCAGUGGGAACAAGCCAAUCAGGAAGAUCCAGAGUUCAGGCAUGGCCUUCAAACAGAUGGAGCAGAUCUCCCAGUUCCUCAAUGCAGCUGAGAAGUACGGCAUCACCAAGACUGACAUGUUCCAGACAGUUGACCUCUGGGAGGGGAAAGACCUGGCUGCUGUCCAGAGGACCCUGAUGGCCUUGGGAAGCAUGGCUGUCACCAGGGACGAUGGGACUUACCACGGCGACCCCAACUGGUUCCAUAAGAAGUCAGUGGAGAACAGACGUGAGUUCUCUGAGGACCAGCUGAAUGAGGGAAAGAGUGUCAUCGGCCUGCAGAUGGGCACCAACAAGGGGGCAUCUCAGGCUGGCAUGACUGGGUACGGGCGACCUAGGCAGAUCCUGAACAACAACCCUUAAAACCAUGACAAUGCUCCGUCACCCUAGACCUGAGUAUACUCCCUUUCUCGGCCCAUCACUGAAGACUGAGACGCUAUGUCUGUUAACUUGAACAAACGGGACCGACCCGAACUUCAAGACCAAACUGGACCAAAACUGGGACCAAAAACUCUCAAACACACACUGCAUAGAUGCACACAAUCAACACAUUCACACAACACAAAAACAUGGUGUCCAAAGUCUGUACAAUCAUGUUUUGUUAAACAUUUUGAACAAUGGACACGGUUACAUAGGAAUGGGAAAAUGUCCAUAUAUACUGCACUCUGUUUAGUAAUGAGUGAAAGUUGAAAUAAGAUGUUGCUAGAAUAUGCUGUUAAUGGGAAAGAUGCAGUAAGAUGUCAAUUCUAAUCAAGAUGUUGGACACCUUUCCAGAGCUCAAUAUUUUUGUAUGUUGUAUAUUGACUAUAAGAAAUGAUUAUGAAAUAAAGUUCAGUUUAAUUUUAAA